AAAUGCUAUGUAAUUUAUAAAAAUCAUAUUUUAAUUAAAUAUGGAAAUAAUGUUAGCAUUUGCUUGUUCUUUUUAUAUUUAAUGUAAAACAAUAAGUAAUUAAGAAAACUUCUUUUUAAUUUAAGUAAAUGUAUAUAUUAAUUAUAGGAUUUAAAUAAUUGUUAUGUCUUUCAAAGAUGGUACCAUUAUAUGUAAAAACUGGUGUGGCAUAUGUAUGGAAUGCUGAAGAUUGGCUAACACUCCGUACAAAAUAUCGUAUGAGUGGAGCUCUGAUAGGCACAGUUCCUUCAUUUCCUAGACAAAAUGAUUUUCAAGGACUACCUUUGGCUCUUAUGUCUGAAGAAUCAGCAUUAUUAGUCGAGAUGGGUAUUUGUGAAUUACAUAUUGCAAAAAAUUUAAAUGAUAGUCCUGGAGAAGAAGAAAAACUUAACAUAGAAACUUUAGAACAAAAGAUAAUAGAAGAGCAAAAUGAGGCAUUUAAGAAGAAAAAAAUUGAACAAUUAUCACAAAAAAUUGACAUUAUUCUAGCAGGAAAGAAACAAAAGUUACUGCAAAAAGGACUUUCUGAUGUGCACUUAGACAAAGAAACAUUAUUACAAGAAGAAAUUAAUAAGUUUCCUAGUUUGACAGCAUCACAAGCAUUGGUGCAUUUACCUACAGAACAUUCAAGAGAAUUAGUUACAGAAACAGUGUCAAUAGAUUUCUUGCAACCCAGUGUAGUGGAUAGAGAGGGUAGCAUCCGUUAUAACAUAUUCAAGGAUCUAUGGUUAAAAGGGCAUUACAUUACAAAUGGGUCUAAAUUUGGAUGUGACUAUUUAAUAUAUCCAGGAGACCCCGUGCGAUUUCAUGCCACUUACAUGGUCCGAUGUGUAUAUGACACAAUAGCUCCAUUCCGACCAACGAACUUGGUGGCUUUUGGUCGUCUAUCUGUAGCUGUUAAUAAAUUAGCUAUAUUAGCUUUCGCCAAUAGUUUUGGAAAGAUCGAGUAUCAAACACUUCAAUGGCACGACAAUAUAAAUUGAUAAAAAAUU